CUGCUCCUAACCGGAUAUUUCGAGAAAAUAAUUUCAUAUCGAUUGAUGUAAUUUAAUUUUUUAAGAUUAAAAGUUCAAUAAUGUUGUGGCAAAUUAUAGUUAUUUUAUGUAUAUUGUGGUAUUUAUUGGAAUUAUGGAAGAUCCGACGAGUGGUUGCCGCGUCGAGACGACUUGAAAGCAGUUUUAUUUCCUUACCUGUGAUCGGGCAUUCUUAUAUGUUUAUUGGGACUAAUGAGGAUCGUAUGACAGCGCUAAAGAAAUUAUCCUACGAAGCUAUGCAAUAUGUAACUAAUGUAACACCUCUGAGACUGGCAUUUGAAUUUUAUACAGUGGUAGUAGAUCCAGAAGACAUCGACCUCUUAUCAAAGGAGUGUCUGGACAAACCACCGAUGCUUUAUAGAUUUUCACGAAAGCUUCUUGGAGACGGAUCUUUGAUGGCGCCAUUGAAUAUUUGGCGACCACGUAGAAAGCUAAUGUCACCGAUGUUUGCGCAAAAGAAUUUAAUAAACUUCGUGAGUAACUUCUCGAAGCAGGGUAUGGCCUUGGCGCAGAGUUUGCAGUCCGUCGCUGGCGGCAAAGCUUUCUCUGUGUGGCCGUUCUUUACUACGUACACAAUGGAUAAUGUUUGUGAGCCAGAUAAUGAUUUCCUAGAAAUGCUUCUCCAAUCACCGGAUGAUAUUAUACCGUCUAAAUUGUUGAUUGAGGAGAUGCUAGUUCUAGUUCUAGCCGCGACGGACACCUCCGCUGUGGGUGCAUCUUUUACAGCUGUAAUGCUGUCAAAACAUCCAGACGUACAAGAGAAAGUAUAUGAGGAAAUAAGAAAGGUUAUAGGCGAAAAGAACAGACUGAUAGAAGCGAGUGAUUUAGCAAAUUUGAAGUACUUAGAAGCUGUGAUAAAAGAAACGUUGAGGUUGUAUCCACCGGUGCCGAUCUUUGUUAGAGCAGUCCACAAAGAUAUUACUUUACCGUCAGGAGUUACACUAGUAAAGGGCAGUAACUUACUUCUAAGUGUGUGGGGGGCGCAUCGUCACCCUAAGUACUGGGGGGAGGACGCAGAAGAAUUCAAACCGGACCGUUUUAUUAAAGGAAACUUUAAGCAAACAGCUUUUAUACCUUUUAGUUGUGGACCAAGAGGAUGUUUGGGAUACAAGUAUGCAAUGAUGUCCCUUAAAACAAUGAUAGCUAGCCUGCUGAUGUACUACGAAAUACUACCGGCGCCGAAUUUAUAUAACAGGCCGAUGAGACUACAGUAUAAUAUAAUGAUGAAGGACAUCGACAACUUUCAAAUUAAACUAAGACUAAGAUAA